UUGUCAGCUUUGUGUGGUGUGUUCAAUCAAGUGCGUAUAUUACAGGUCCAGAUACAGUAAAUUCUUACAUUAACUUUUUCUUUUGUUUGUUUGUUGAGAUGAUUUUAUUCAGCAGCUGCCAUUAUCUGCUCCUGAUCAGAUUUCUAGAGAUGUUUUUUGGUGGAGCUUGGCGGCCAUCUGCUGGUGGAACACAGACACUGCAGUGAUUUAUGAAUGAACUGGAGGAACAGACUGCUGAAUCUCCGCUGCUGAUCCAGGAACACACCGCUGAAGCUACACUGCCGACUGCUUGUUCUCCGUUGCUGAUCAAGGAUCAAGAAGCUCUGAUGGCUCCCUGUCCAGUUUGCAAGAAGAUGCUGUCCUCCAUCUCUGCGCACCUUUCCACAGUACAUCACGUGGAAAACGUAGAGGAGAAGAAGAUCCUGAUUCAGCUGGCAAAUCAGAAAGUGUCGAUCCUGACAUCUCCGUGUCCUGUUCCGGGAUGUGGGUAUCAGAAGACUCGUCUUGACCGCCAUCUGACCAGUUGCCAUCGGGACCUGUCCGACCAGGCCAGGGAGAGAUACAUCCAGACGGCACAGAGGAUAAAAGCCAUUACUCUCCUGAGAGAGUUGAGGGCUAGCAGUCCGAACGUGCCCAUGGCCACUCGCUUGGACUUGGCUGCUGCUGACGAAUCUUCAACGCCUGACUACGACCAAGUACUCGAGUCAGCGAAAUCUGGCGUCCUCGAUAUCAGUCGUAGACUGAGAAUGGGACAACAGGUGGAAGAGAGUCAGCAGACACUGUUCCGGUACGUCUGUGAGGCAAUACUCCUGAAGGAGCAUCAACUGGCAGAGAGUGCUGUGCUGAACUUCAAGGUAGAGCAUUGGGUUUCUCGAACCCCAUCAACCAGUGGCAUUUUCCUUGAACACUUUGACAUCAGCCUGACUCCCCAACAUGAAGAGUGGCUGGAGAUGUACUUCACUCACAUCAGGUCAUGGCAUGUCAAAAAGUCCAGUCCCGAUGUUCAUGAUGGAGGCAUCUUCUUUCUGAGCCAGAAAGGAGUUCCUGUGGUGAAUCUACCUAAUGAUAUGAAGCGGCUAUGGGAACUGUAUCCACAGGCUUCAGGGACCGACCUGCCAGCAGUUGCCCCAGUUGCCCCCCUGCCAGCAGUUGCCCCUGCCAGCAGUUGCCAGCCGAGCUCUGCUGCAGGUUCUGAAGAGGGGGAUGAUGAGCAGCCUUCCUGCUCAGACGAUGUGGGACAGGCAACUGGACAGCCACAGGCUCCGAAGAGGGACCACUCCCCUUCAUCCUCUUCGAUUGCAAGGAAGCGGAGGGCUAAGUCCACCUGGCUUAGUUUUCUUGACCUGUUUCCGGUGACUGUUCAUGCCACGACACCCACAUGUGAGGAAAUUGUCGGCGGUGGAUUUGAUCGUGAAUCCUUCCGUUACUUUCACAACAAAUGGAGGACAGUCCAGCGGGAACAGCGCAUCCAGUAUAUCUUGGAUAAGUGCAAGUUCAGGAACCGCCCCUCAGAGGCCAGGGUAUACAAUCGGCUCCGUGCUGAGAACUGGUCGGCCAACUGUCCAAGCGCCAUGGAUGUGGUCAAGUCUUGGCUCCCCGUAAAGGACCACAUCAAGAGUCCAGACAUUAUCCGCCGUAUUCAGGAACAGUCUUGGAAAGGACUUUGCCUGAAAGACUUUGGGCCACCAAAGAACAAAGGGGUGAUUGCGACAAUGCCCUUUUCCAAGGGAGAGGUGGUCUGCGACUACCAUGGAGAGUACGUCACCCAAGAAGAAGGGAAUCGGAGAAUGCAACAGCUUUUCGACGAAGCCUGUUACGUCUUCUUCUUUGCGGGACGUGGGGAAAAGGUCUGCAUAGACGCCCAACAUUCUCCAUGCCAGUGUCACCCACACCAGGACACGUUUGGUCGUUGGAUGAACCAUUCACAGAGAAGUCCAAAUGUGAAGCCACACGUGUUCAAACUCCCACUCACAGAGGGAACAAGAUGGCAUCCCAUUUUCCUCGCGCUAACGGACAUUCAGGUCAACGAGGAACUACUUUGGGACUACGGUGUUCUCAGUGACGAGGGACUUGGAGGCGAAACUGUUGGACUGGACUGGCUGAAUACUUGAAUUCCUGGACAACAACCUACCCCUCUGCCAUCUCAUACGAACUCACUGCACGCGGCACUUUACUUCACCCUGCACCACAACUCAUUCUGUACCUGUACUGUCGCCUACUAGACUUCACACACACACACACACACACACUGUAGAGUAUUUGCACAUGCAU